CAUUACAAUAAAUCAAAACUCCGUUAUUAGUUCAAGGUUUACAUUGUAAGAACACUGUCUACUGAACAUAAAUUACCUAGUCCUAAACACCUGUAGAGACAUUUUUUCGUACGUAUAACUGUGUGAUACUGUAAAGAGAUGUCGUGUAUCGAAGAACGAAAUGUGGAAGAGCGGGGUGUUGAAGAGCAGGACGCCAAAGGGCGGGAUUACCUAAACGUGAACGCCGAGGAGCAGGACGACCAAGAUCAGAACGCCCAAACGCGGGAAACCAAAGCCGAAAAGCAGCCAUGCAAGACCAGCACGACAAAAAGCAUCACAUCCAAGAGCAGAGCGCCCAAGAGCUGAACACCCAAGAGCGGCAUUUUCAAGGGCGGGAUACGCAGGGCAAGGAUGCCAGCGUUCCUGUGGCCAAAAAAGGGCCAUGCCUGGAGUAUAACACCCAAGACGGGCACAAACAACCCACGCAAAGGGUAUCCUGUGAUUUCCAAGAGCGGUUCGAGGAAGUGAGGCUACAGCAGCUCGAACGAAAUCAGCUCGCCCAAGAGCAGUUGGCCAAAGAGCGGCGAACCAAAAAGCGGCAUUCCCUAAACCUGCUAGCUCUAGAGCAGCCUGCCAACUUGCGGGGUGAAGAAGCGCGCCAAGAGUGGCGCGAGCAAUAUCGACUCAAACAUAGGAUUUCCCGAGAGCUCCUCCAACGGCGGCUUAUCAAAGAGCGGCUCGACCAAGACCGGCUCGCACAAGAGCGGCUCGCACAAGAGCGGCUCGCCCAAAUAUACUGUCUAGAGAUGUCGCAUAUCGGAGAACGAGAUGUCCAGGAGCGGGAUGCCCAAGUGCGGAGUUUCCAAGAACUGGACGCCGAGGAGCGAGCCAAACGAGUCCAGAACGCCCCAGUGCAAGGCGCCCAUUUUGGGCAAGCCCAAGAGCCGUAUGCCGAAGAAUUACCAUCCUCUGAUUCACAAGAGACUCAGUCCCAAGCGUGGCAGUCAGAUCGAUUAGCCAGAGAGCAGCCCUUCACAGAGCUGAACUUCCAAGAGCGGUUUGCUCAAAACGAGCUUACCGAGAACUGUAGCCCCGAGAAUGGGAUGCCCGAGAACGGGAGCGCAGAAAACGGGAGGCCCGAGAGCCGGAGGUCCGAGAACGGAAGACCCGAAAGGCGGAACCCCGAGAACGGGAGGCCCGAUAUCGGGGGGUCCGACAACGCGUCCGAAGCCUACUUUCCGGAGAACGACCCCACCAAGAGCGGCCAAAACAUGCCACAGAGCAGCUCUACAGAGCGCGACGCGCUCAAGUGCGACAUACCCGUCGCCCACAUGUUCAGGAGCGAGGGGAUGAUCACGACCAGAAUUCGCUAUGCUAGGAAGCGCAAUAUCGGGACUUCCAAGCGUGGAAUCAGUACGUUCAAAAUAGGGAUCAGUGCACACACAACAGCGCGGAAGCAGGAGGACCUACAACGGAAGUGGGAUAUCCUACAGCGGGAUAUCCAACAGCGAGAGAAGGAAAUCCAAGAGCAGGGAUGGAAAAUUCAACAGCUCGAGCGGGCCAGGAGCAGGUUUCCAAAGCCGAAAACCGGCUAUGCCAUGAUUCUCAAGAGGAGCAGAGUAAAGUGCAUCACAUUCAAGAGUUGGACGCCCAAGAGCUGGACGCCCAAGAGCUGGACGCCCAAGAAGAUGUCGUGUAUCGAAGAACGGGAUGUGGAAGAGCGGGAUGUUGAAGAGCAGGACGCCAAAGAGCGGGAUUACCAAAACGUGAACGCGGAGGAGCAGGAUGACCAAGAUCAGAACGCCCAAAAGCGGGAAACCGAAGCCGAAAAGCAGCCAUGCUGGACUCCGCAAGACCAGCACGACAAAGAGCAUCACAUCCAAGAGCAUAGCGCCCAAGGGCUGAACACCCAAGAGCGGCAUGUCCCAGGGUGGGAUACGCAGGGCAAGGAUGCCAGAGUUCCUGUAGCCGAAAAAGGGCCAUGCCUGGAGUCUAACACCCAAGACAGGCACAAACAAGACAAAGCCCCCCAAUCCACGCAAAGGGUAUCCUGUGAUUUCCAAGAGCGGUUUGAGGAAGUGAGGCUACAGCAGCUCGAACGAAAUCAGCUCGCCCAAGAGCAGUUGGCCAAAGAGCAGCGCACUAGAAGGCGGAUUGCCCUAAACCUGCUAGCUCUAGAGCGGCCUGCCAACUUGCGGGGUGAAGAAGCGCGCCAAGAGCGGCGCGAGCAAUAUCGACUCAAACAUAGGAUUUCCCUAGAGCUCCUCCAACGGCGGGUUAUCAAAGAGCGGCUCGACCAAGAACGGCUCGCACAAGAGCGGCUCCCACAAGAGCGGCUCGCCCAAAAGUGUCUCGCCAAUGAGUGGCUCUACCGAGUGUCUCAUGCUCCAGAGAGGUCCUCCAGACACUGGCAUGCCCGAGUGCAGCUAUGCCGAAAGCAGCUCAACGAAUGCAAAGCCAAAGAACAGCCACAGUCUGAUACUCAAGAACAGCAUGCAGAAAUUCUGGAAACGAACACCCGACAGUUGGAGUUGUACAGGAUAGUCCAGGAAUGGUGCGGCCAACAGCGGGAGCUGUACGCCCAACAGAUAGAACAGGAUGUCCAACAGAGGGACCCGGACGCCCGACAGAGGGAGCGGAAUGCCCGAAAGAGGGAGCUGGACGCCCAACAGAGGGAGAGGGACGCCCAGCCUCGCGAUCCUAUGAGGGAGCAGGACGUCCAACAGAGGGAUCGGGACCCCCGAAAGAGGGAGCGGGACGCCCUACAGAGAGAGCGGGACGCCCAACCUCGCGAUAAUAUUAUGAGAGAGCGGAACCUUCAACAGGAUGACGCUCAACAGCGGGAGUUGAAUACCGGACAGCGGGAGUUGAACACCGGACAGCGGGAGUUGAACACUGGAGAGCGGGAGUUGAACACCGGACAGCGGGAGUUGAACACCGGACAGCGGGUAAUGAACACUGAAAUGUGGGACGUGCAAGAGUUGGAAGAGUGGGAAUCCGAAACACGGCCAUGCUCGGAUACUGACUGAUAAGAACAUUGAACUGUACUUUUGGCCCGGUAUACGAAUUUACCGGAUUUUUGUUUUAUUACGCGCAAUCAUGUUGCAUUGACCGAUGAAAGUAUGAUGUGGGCUGUUAUAACCAGCCAUGGUAUAGUAGAUAAACGAGAGUAAUGACGAGAAAACCUGUGUUGGAGAGGAGAAUAAGAAUACGUCUGUUUACUCCAUGUUCUUUGGCGUGCAAGAUCAAAAUUCAAGUUAGUCAGUGUAUAAUAUUUGGCAAGCACAGCUCUGCCCAGAGAAAUUUGACUUUUUAUUCUUUUACUUCAUGAGUAAGACAGUCCUAGGCUCAAGUGUGCAGCGUAGUGUGUGUGUGUGUGUGUGUGUGUGUGUGUGUGUGUGUGUGUGUGUGUGUGUGUGUGUGUGUGUGUGUGUGUGUGUGUGUGUGUGUGUGUGUGUGUGUGUGUGUGUGUGUGUGUGUGUGUGUGUGUGUGUGUGUGUGUGUGUGUGUGUGUGUGUGUGGUACAAGGACCGCGCAGCUCAUUCAUGAAGUCAAAUUUGUCCGUCUACAAUUGUACCCGUUCUGUUCAACAAUCAUAAUUUAGAUGAUAGUCACUGACCUGAAUACAGACGUGAGUGAUAUGUCAUGUCCAUGUACUCAUAAUUAUAUGAAACCCCAACAAUGUUGCGGGCCUUUUUUACAUAUCCAUCACACCCCUCCAUUGUUUCUUUUUGUUGUCAGUGUGUACGUGGUCCAUGUACUUUCUGCGUCAUGUCACCCGACUCUCUAUGCAAUGCACUUGAAUUAUUGUGUAUAGUUCCAUUCUGCUUCAUUUGCCAUAAGU